AUGGCAUCUAGUCAAGACCCCAAAUCCAAACCAGCUGCCUCGAGUGAACAACAGUCUUCUACAGCAACUGUACCUUCGGCUAGCAAACAACAACAGCAAGGAGGACACGAAUCCAGAAUGUUAUUUGGUACCAAGUUGGAAACCGAAACUUAUGCACCAUGGAAAGAUUUUUACAUCAAUUACAAUCAAUUGAAGAAAUUACUUAAAGAAGGUGUUAUUUUGAAAAACAAUUGGACUGAUAAAGAUGAACAAAAUUUUGUUAGUGCAUUGGAUGAAAAUUUGGAAAAAGUAUUCACAUUUCAACACAAUAAAUUUGAUGAAUUGAAUGAUGAAUUGGAUAUCUUGCAACAACAAACUGAAGUUGCAGAUACUUUUGAUGUUGAUGCAUUUUCCAAGAAAUUGGAUCAUUUGUUGAAUGAAGCGCAAAAUUUGGAACAUUUUCAACGUUUGAAUUAUACUGGAUUUAUCAAAAUUGUCAAGAAACAUGAUAGAUUACAUUCAAAUUAUUCAGUUAAACCAUUGUUGAAUGUUCGUUUGAAGAAAUUGCCAUUCCAUUCAGAGGAUUAUUCACCGUUAUUGUACAAGAUUGGUACUUUGUUUCAAUUUUUGAGAGAAAAUUAUGAAGUUGAUCAAUCUUUGUCGAAAUUGUCAUCGUUUAACGAUGGUGCAUUGAGUGGAGAAUUUCAAUCAUUUAAAUUCUGGGUUCAUCCUGAUAAUUUAAUGGAGGUAAAGACUACUAUUUUAAGACAUUUGCCAGUUUUGAUUUAUAACUCAAAAAAGGAUAAUGAUGAUGACGAUGACGACGAUGACGACGAUGAAGAUGAAGAUGAAGCAAACGGUAAAGAUAACAAAGUCACGCAAACUGAUCAAACCAUCAAUUGUUUAUACUUUGACAAUGAACAUUUUGAUCUUUAUAAUCACAAAUUAACCAAACUUAACAAUUCAUCAACAUUGAGAAUUAGAUGGAUUGGGAAAUUAUCUGACAAGCCAAAAAUCACUAUGGAAAGAAAAGAAUUUGAUGUUAAUUCCAAUUUUCAUGUCGAUGAUAAAAUUGAAUUGAGGCAAAAGUAUAUUAAUCAAUUUGUUAUUAAUCAUGAAACUCCAAAAAAGUUUGUUAAAAUCAAUGAUGAAGCUACUGUCAAGAGAUUAUUGAAGUUUAUCGAUGAAAACAAUUUACAACCAAUUUUGAGAACCACUUACAAGAGAACUGCUUUCCAAAUCCCUGGUGAUGACAAGAUUAGAAUAAUUAUUGAUUCCAACUUGACUUUUAUCAGAGAAGAUUCAUUUGAUCCAAUUUUACCCAUUAGAGAUCCUCAUCAAUGGCAUAGGUUGGAUUUAGAUAAUCCUAAAAAUAAUCAACAAUUUUUAAGAAAAGGUGAGUACAAUAAAUUCCCCUUUUCCACCAUGGAAAUUAAGAUUAAGAAAUCUUCAGUUAAAAAUUUCAAGAAAUUACAAUGGAUUAAUGAAUUGAUCAAUAGUAGCUAUUUAGUUAAGGAAAUUCCUAAUUUCUCCAAAUUUAUUCAUGGUGUUGCUUCUUUAUACUUGGAGGAUGAUAAAUUGGAUAAUAUUCCCAUGUGGUUUAAUGAAUUGGAAGGAGAUAUUAAUGAUGACUUACCCAAGAUUCCUACAAAGGUUAACAAUGAUGGUAUUACUCAAUUGAGUAAUGAUGAUAAUUUAUCUAAAUUUAAAUCAAUGAUUUUGAAAAACAACACCUCCAAUUUCCAACCUAGAUCAGCUUCAUUUUCAGGAAGUUUGUUGUACAAGGGAGCUAGCAGCAAUCAAGAUGAACUAGUAUCAGUGGCUGAAACUGGUGAAGUGGCUGAUGAUUCAAAGAUUUCUCAUGUCGAUGAAGAAGAGGAUGAAGGUAAUCUCUCACACACUACAAAGCCAAAGACACUUCAACAACAACCAAGCACCACUAAUUUCACUACUGAUGACCAAUCAUCUGAUUUUGAUGAAAAUGAAGAUGAAGAUGAUGAUAGUGCACUCUCUAAAGCCAACAGACUCAAGAAAUUGAUCAAAUUCCCACAACAAUUCUCCAAAUUAAUUGAUGUUGAUUCAGAAGAUGAAGAAGUUGUAUUACCCGCAGGAGUAACUAAACCUGACCAAUGGAUUAAGAACAUGGGACCAAUUAAAAUUGAACCUAAAGUUUGGUUAGCAAAUGAACGUACAUUCAAUCGUUGGUUACAUGUAACUACAUUGUUGAUGUCAGUUACAUUUAUCAUUUAUUCAUCGACAAUUAGAUCUAAUUUCCAUCAAUUGAGUACUUAUUUGGCAUAUUUCUAUUUCGGUUUAACAUUGUUUAGUUGUCUUUGGGGUUAUUACAUUUUCAUUGUUCGAAGAAAUAUCAUUUUAGAAAGAAGUGAUAAACACUUGGAUAAUUCGAUUGGUCCUUUGAUUAUUGCUUUUGGAUUGAUGAUUGCUUUGAUUAUUAAUUUCAUUUUCGGGUGGAAGAGUUUGCAAUUGGAAUAUGAAGAUAAUGAAUUUUAUGCAAACAAUCCAAUGCACAAAAAGAUUCAUCAAUUUAUGGUCGAAAUGGUUAGCUGA